UUUGGGAGAUAGCGAUUGAACGGCCAUGUUCGCGUUGGCAGCGAAAUUGAAAGGAGAAUCAUGGGAUAAGGACCCUGAAAGGGCAGAGAAGGCGAUGGAUGCCCACAAGCACCCCUUCUCAGCUUUUUCUGCGCAAUUCUAUGCAACAGGUGCAUAUCAUCAAACUCCUGGAGCAUCGUACAAGGCCAUGGGUGUCUCCAAUCUCAACAAGAACAGCAACGUCGUGGACUCUGACGCCAUCUCGGCUUUCAAUGACUCCUUCAAAGGACAUUAGAAUAUCUUCCUCACAAUUUUGCUUGGGGGGUGGAUCUUUCCUUGGAGUUGAUGGUGUUUGAUUUUAUAGAGUGUUUGCCUACUAAGAAAAAAUGCUCUUUUCCUCUGCGGUUUAGAGCGUGAAAAAUGAAUGGGAUGACUUUUGUUUGUUGUUUUCCAAUUU